ACCUUAACCUGGAAAUACAAAGAUUUACCAGGCUAUUUCCGCAAUAGCGAAGUUAGCUGAACAAAGAUUUACCGGGUGUCUCAAAGCAAAGCAAAGCAAAACAGGAAGAUAACGUGAUAUGGAUUCUCCCAAUCACAGUUUCGGCCCUAGUGGCAGUGAACGUGCAGGUGGGGAUGAGGGUGACUGCACUCCAGCAGCUGACAAGACCAAGCCUGAAUGCACUGAAAGAAGCCCUUCAAAUGACUCCAGCUCCUCAGAUAGUCCUGUGUCUAACGCUUCGGACAGCAGCAGCAGCAGCAGCAGUGAUGAUGACAGUACACAUGACGGAGCACUGAGGAAGAUCCGGAGCAGUGUGGCUCAUGUCAGAAGACCAACGCCAGGUGAUGGGAAUAGAUCCAGGUCUGCAUCCAGGGAACGAGAUACGUCUCCUGCAAGAGACAAAGAGAGUUCUCAAUCUCCAGAACAAAGCAAAGGUCCAAAUAAGAUGGACAAAUCAGAAGAGCAGACAUCUGUUGGAAGGGAUGGAUCUAGAUCAGAAGACAGGGACAGAUCCAGAUCAAAAGAAGGGGACGGUUUGAGAUUAAAAGACCGAUCAAAGUCCAAAGAAAGGGACCGACCAAGGUCCAGAGAAAGAAACCGUCCCAGGAGACGAUCCAGAUCUAGGUCUAGAUCCAGAUCCAGAUCCAGAUCUAGAUCCCGUUCCAGAUCCCGAUCCAGGGAACGAAUUACUUCCAGGACACGAGACAGGUCUGUGGAAAGAGACAGGAACUGGCACCGUGAUGACAGAGGACGUUACUCAAGCAGAGCCUACUAUGCUGAGCGUUAUGAACGGCCCUCAAAUCGAGAUGCAGAUUGGGAGCACAGGAAGCGGACAAACCUGACCACCAGAGAUGCAGACAAGGUGGAUGAGCCCCAAGUCAAGAAGAAGAAGGAAGAACUGGAUCCCAUCCUUACAAGGACAGGUGGUGCUUACAUCCCCCCUGCAAAGCUGCGCAUGAUGCAGCAGGAGAUCACGGACAAGAGCAGCCUGGCAUUUCAAAGGAUGAGCUGGGAGGCUCUGAAGAAGUCCAUCAAUGGUCUUAUUAACAAGGUUAACGUGUCGAACAUUGUCAUGAUCAUCCAGGAGCUACUGCAGGAGAAUAUCGUCAGGGGCAGAGGUCUGUUGGCACGCUCAGUCCUGCAAGCUCAGUCUGCAUCACCAAUCUUCACCCACGUGUAUUCAGCUGUUGUCUCCAUCAUCAACUCCAAGUUCCCUCAAAUCGGAGAGCUGAUCCUCAAACGCCUCAUCCUGUCCUUCAGAAAGGGUUACCGCCGCAACUUGAAGCAACAGUGCCUGACCUCCUCCAAGUUUGUUGCUCACCUCAUAAACCAGAACGUGGCUCAUGAGGUUUUGUGUCUUGAGAUGCUCACUCUGCUCCUGGAGCGACCCACAGAUGACAGUGUGGAGGUGGCCAUCUCUUUUCUGAAAGAGUGUGGGCUCAAACUGACGGAGGUCUCACCCAGAGGAAUUAACGCCAUAUUUGAGCGUCUCAGGAACGUCUUGCACGAGUCGGCCAUUGAUAAGAGGGUUCAAUACAUGAUCGAGGUGAUGUUUGCCAUCAGGAAGGAUGGCUUUAAAGAUCACCCCAUCAUCCCAGAUGGCUUGGACCUGGUGGAUGAGGACGACCAGUUCACACACAUGCUUCCACUGGAAGACGAGUACGACACAGAGGACAUUCUCAAUGUAUUCAAGAUGGACCCAGACUUCCUGGAAAAUGAGGAGAAAUACAAAACGAUUAAACGAGACAUCCUGGAUGAGGGCAGCAGCGACUCGGGUGAUGAUGGGGAUGACAGUGAUGAUGAAGACGAAGAAGAUGCAGAAGAGAAAGAGGAAGGAGAAGGAGAAGAUGAGAAAGUCACCAUCUUCGACAAGACUGAGGUCAACCUGGUGGCUUUUCGAAGAACCAUAUACCUGGCCAUUCAGUCAAGUUUGGAUUUUGAGGAGUGUGCUCACAAGCUGAUCAAGAUGGAUUUUCCUGAGAGCCAAACGAAGGAGCUUUGCAACAUGAUUUUGGACUGCUGCGCUCAACAGAGGACCUAUGAGAAGUUCUUUGGACUGUUGGCUGGGCGCUUCUGUCUGCUGAAGAAGGAGUACAUGGAGAGUUUUGAAGCCAUCUUUGCAGAGCAGUAUGAGACAAUUCACCGCCUGGAGACCAACAAGCUCAGGAAUGUGGCCAGAAUGUUUGCCCACCUCCUCUACACAGACUCAGUUCCUUGGAGUGUGUUGGAGUGUAUCAGGAUUAGCGAGGAGACGACAACUUCAUCCAGUCGGAUCUUUGUGAAGAUUCUUUUCCAAGAGCUUUGUGCUUAUAUGGGCCUCCCCAAGCUAAAUCAGAGACUCAAAGAUAUGACCCUGCAGCCAUUCUUUGAGGGUUUGUUUCCUCGUGAUAAUCCCAGGAACACUCGCUUUGCCAUCAACUUCUUUACCUCCAUUGGACUCGGAGGACUGACGGACGAGUUACGAGACCAUUUGAAGAAUGCUCCGAAGAUGAUCAUGACCCAGAACCACAAUGUGGAGUCGUCCGAUUCAUCCUCCUCCUCCUCUUCCUCUUCCUCAUCAUCCUCCUCUUCAUCCGACUCCUCCAGUGACUCAGACUCCUCAGAAUCCUCAAGCUCCAGCAGCAGUUCAGAUUCAAACAGCCGACACAAGAAGAAGAAAAACAGAGGACAGCGUGACGUGAAAAAGAAGGACAAGAAGAAGAGUGGAAGCAAGAAUCGAGCCACACGCAAAGCUGACAGCGAAGAGAUUCAUGGGAGGAAGGAUGGUAAAGAGCAGCGACGGGAAGAGGCGGCCAAAAGACAUAAAGUGGAGGCCAAAGGUCAUCACAGAGGCAAAGAGAGGGACGAAGAGAGGGAUGGUGAUAGAAGGAUCAGAGACAGGCGUCCGGAUCGGGAUGGAGAGGAGAGGGAUGGUGAGAGGAGGGACCGCAAUGAAAAGAUGGAAAGGCAACGUGAGAGAGAUGGAGACGGGCACAGAGAGAGAGACAGGGAGAGGAAUAAAGAGAACCGAGAUAGGGACGGGAAUGGGAGGAGGCGCCGAUGAAACGCCACUCUUCUGAUCAUGUCUUUACAUUUUUGGUAUUUUCUACUGUAUAGUUAUCACUGCUAUCUUCUGUCAAGUGAAAAACAUUAAAGUGUUGAAUACUUUUUUUAAAUAUAA